AUCACGUCUUCCACAUGCAAGUUCCUACCCAUUGGAAUACUGGUGACAUAUCUAAACUCUACAGCCCAUUCGGUGGUGUAAAAAUCUCAUGGAUCAACAACAAGGAGUGUUUGGUGGAACUUUUUAAGAAGGGCGAAGCCAAGAAAGUCAAAAGUGUGAUUGGCAAGUCAUCUACUUCCAAGAACUUUACCCUUCAAACCCUUGCAAGCUACAAGCAAGAGACCAAAAGUGAAAACAAACGUAGACGAGGAGACUCUGAAAGGGGCUCCGACAGACAGGCCAGCAAGAAGCAGAAGGGUAAUAAAAAUGGCAAUCGGAUCUUCCGCGUGAUGGAGGAAUUAUCCAUCUAAGCCCCUUGCAUGCCUCCUCUAGUCUGUAAGCCCUUUUGCCCCUCACACACACAAACCGUGGCAAAUAUUUCACAGGUGAGGAAGAAAAUAGUGCUACUCCAAGAGCAGCAAGUCCUUUUGAAAGUGCUCCAUGGAGUGAUGCAAGCAGUGAAAAUGAAGAUGACAAGUCAAUGUCGAGUAGCUAAUUUUAUUAUAUUUAAUUUUCUAUGUGUACUAAAUCAUUUUAGACUUCUCUGAGACAGUAUUCUUUUUAUACGUUUUGCUAAAAACUGUGCUGUUUAAUUUUUAGCGAUAGCAAUUAUUUAAGUUGGCUAUCCUGCGUGUUAUUGUGUCCAGUCCACUGAAGGUGAACGCAAACAACAUGAAUAUAUCUUUCUAGUUUCCUCAAUUUCUUGUUUUUAUCAGUCGUGUUACACUGCGCGUUUAAUUCCAAAAUAAUUGCUUUUCACACACUGCGUGACCUCUUAAGAUGACUUUCUGAUGGAAGUCAAAUGGGGACGACUCAUUAUAUUUACUCGCUGAUAAGACUUGACAUGUAAAACUCUGCUAUUUUCUAGUGGGACGUUGUAGUUGCAGAACUUACUAUUUUAGCUGAUUAGCGCAAUGGGGGAUGCAGCUAAAAAUAAGUCAUUGCCUGUCGUGGUUGUCACUGGUUUUGGCCCCUUUGGUCACCACAAGGUCAACGCUAGCUGGGAAGCUGUCAAAGCACUGAGAGACGUAGAUACGGAAAAUGAUCUGAAGAUCAAGUUAGUCACCCACAACCUUCCCGUUGAGUAUGAUUAUGUUGAGACGGAAGUACCCAAGUUAUGGAAGGAGCAUAACCCUGAGCUUGUGAUUCAUGUUGGUGUCUCGAGUGUUGCUUCCAGCAUCACUCUAGAGACCCAGGCUUACAAGUCGGGCUACAAGCAGACUGAUAAUUGCGGAAGGCUCCCUGUAUCAGGAUGCAACUGUCUCUGCGAAACCGAGUGCCUUCAAUCUACCCUCGACGUUCCAUCUAUUAGCACAACUGUUACCGAAAAGGAUGGUGUGCCAGUUUGCAUCUCAAAGGAUGCCGGCAGGUACCUCUGUGAAUUUUCCUAUUUCUCUUCCUUGAGUCAAGAUAAGUCAAAGGCAAUUUUUAUACAUGUUCCUGAACUCAACAAGCCAUACACAGCAAAUGAACUUGCCAAGGGCAUAAAAGGAGUAAUCAGAGAAAUGCUGAACCAGAGGAAAAGAUUGAAGAAUUAGUUAUAUGAAAUGGAGCAGCCUUAUUGAAACUAAUAAUUAUUAAUUGAUAUUAACAUUUGAAACUCUAUUAUUGCGUUUCGGGGCCACGGUAGAGCUAUUUUUGUAAAGCGUUAAUAAAGAAUAUUCAGUCUCAAAAAAUA